AUGGCCGCGCCCGCGCUAAGCCAGGCGGCCGUGCUGGACUUCUUGCAGGAGCACGGCGGGAAGGUGCGCAACUCCGAGCUGCUGAGCCGCUUCAAGCCGCUGCUGGAGCCGGCCGGGGGGGAUCCCGACCAACGAGCCGCCCUCCGCGACACUUUCAAGCACUUUGUCAACAGCGUGGCCGUCGUGAAGGAGCAGGACGGGGCCAAGUUCGUGGUGCUCCGAAAGAAGCUCCCGCGCGCCUGGGACGGAGCGGGGCCGCCGGACGCGAUGCCCGCCGAGGAGGGGCGGGGAGGGGAGAGCGGAGGCGUUUGCGCGCCGGCCCGCUCGGCCACCGCGGAGGUCCCUCGCCUCUCCCUCGAGCAGGAAGCCCCGGAGGAAGACCAGGCCAUGCCCGUCUCCGAGCUGAAGAGCCUCUUUCAAAAGGGGGACCCGGAGGGGCCCAAAGUCCCCAGUGGCGCCGACGGGUGGGCCCCCAGAGGCCCCCCACAGAAGCCCUGCAUGUUGCCCGUGCGCUGCGUGCUGCCUCCCCGGGCUGCCGAAGCCACCGACCAGCCUGCCUCCGAGCCGGAAGAGCCGGAAGGCAAAGCCCGGCUGCAAGUGGGACCCUGGGCCAGCAUCCCGUCUCGGUCGCCUUACUCGAAGAGGCGGCAGCUCGAUGAAUCGGGCUCCACCUCCCCUUACCUGCGAAGGGUGCAGAAGGCGCAAAAGGUGGGCGAGGAAGCUGCCUGUGAGGCCACUGUCCCACUGGAUGCUGCUGAACAUGAGUGGUUGGUGAAAGCUACAGAUGGCCAGUGGUCCCAGCGGCUCCACGGCCUCUUACUGAGCGACAAGAACCUGGCAGGCAAAAGGGAUUUUAUGUCCGGCUUCACUGCUCUGCACUGGGCUGCUAAAAGUGGAAACUGUGACAUGGUGAAUAAAGUCAUAGAGGUGGCAGAGAAAGGUGAUGUUCAUGUCAAUGUGAACACCAAGUCCUAUGGAGGUUAUACCCCACUCCAUAUUGCUGCAAUACAUGGACAAGAGGAGAUCAUUGCCCUGUUGGUCAAAGAUUACAAUGCCAAAGUGAACUUGAGAGACUACAGUGGGAAGAAACCCUAUCAAUACCUAAAAGAAGGCUCUUCUUUUGCAGUUAGGCAUCUCCUGCGUGAUCCAGAUCUGCACACAAUCACUGGCCACAAUGCCUCUAUCAAGAAGAAUGCGAAGGUGGCUGCUUCAAUUUUGAGUUCUACCAGCACCUUCCUUGGUGUUUUGUCUGAUGACACUGCUUUCUAUGAGCUGACCAAAGGCUUAAAGAAGCCUGCUUCACUUAAUAAGUUUCUUAAUGCAGCUACAGCCCCAAGGAGGAAGCUGAAAUCUAGAGGGACUUUCUCAUCAUAUUCUUCCUUAUCUGAAUCAUUGGAGGAGGACCAGGAGGAAGCCACAACGAAACGAAGACCUGUUUCAGAGUUGUUUUUUGGUCACUAG